GUACGCAUUGUUCGCUGAUGUGUGCAUUCUAGAGCUCCUCCUCCAAACACAUUCCAGUCAUCUACGCCAUUCAAGAUACAGGCGCGAUCCAACUGCGCAUUCUAGAUCGCUCCGAGACACAUCACCCGCUGCGACGGCUGGCUUCCGCCGCUAAUACAUUUGAAACGAACUUUCCAUCAUGGCGCGGCAUCAGCCUUAUAUGUAUGCGGCAGAGUCGCGAAACAGUUCGCGAUUUCCCACGUCCACGUUUGAUCCAAAGGCCGUUACAAGAGCCAGCUGGGAACCGGUUCCUCAGCGGCCGCCGCAGAAUGGGCCCCUCGUCUCAUUCAACCGCCAUCCAGAUGCUCACCUUGCGUUGCCUGCGCGGACAAACCUCUUUGCACCUCUUGGGCGUCGUACCAAGGGUGCUAUCAAAUGGUCGCGUCGAUUCCAAUUGCUCUUUAGGUUGUUGGAGCUGAAUGGAGCAUUUGGUAUCAUGGUCAUGUUUAUCUUGUUUGAGAGCUUAGAUGCGGUGGUUGCCUGUAUCAUGCGCAUUGUGCCUGGUAUAAUUGGUCUCCACACGCUGUACAGCGUCUACCACCAUUCUCGAGAAGCCACUGGUAGAACCCCAGGCUCAUCCGCAGCCUAUCAGGUGUUCUCUGCUAUCAUGGAUCUUGCGACACUCGCCGUGUAUGGAUUCGGCGUCUACUCGGUCCACGAGCACGGCACCGAAUGGACAACCAGGCUCGCGGAUCAAAGCCUGCUCAAGUACUUUGUUCCUGCAACCUACUACACAACUAUUGGAUGUGGUGGUCUGCACCUUCUGUCGCUGAUCAUUUCGCUCUGGCUAGGGUGGAUGUUCCAGAAGAUCAGCACGAUGCCACCUGAUAUGAACCCUCUGGAGGACAACCUCACGGCUCGCCCUAGCUUCCGACACAAGCGCCAGAAGUCCUCGAUUGCGAGCUCCAGCACAGUAUUCACCGAGAAGCUGUCGACCCCAUCUGAGCGCGCUCGCUCCAGCAUGGUUUACAGUGGCGAUUCAAGCCCUCCCAAGGUUCCCUUCAUGCACACUCGCACCAACUCGGCAUCAUCGUUUGGAACACGGGAUUCGCAACUCAACCUACCUAGCCGACAAUAUCAGAUCGCUGCGACCAACUCUCCUCGUCAUUCGACGGCAUCGCUGGCAUCUACUCGUACAUUCUAUGCGAUGGGAGGACAGAGGGGUUCCUACGCCGAAAUCCCACUUGCCGAUAACCGUCAAUCACGACCCUCCACAGCCACCCCCAAUAACAACAGCCGGGAUAGAUUGCCAAAGUUUACAGAAGCCUGGGCACCUACCGACUCGCUCGUAUCAAGAACCAAUCAGCGCUAUGCCAACACGGCGAGAUCUUCCAAAUCGUACUCGGCUAUCAACCAGCAAUACAGCCAGGAGGAUUCUGACGAUGAGUACGAUGUCAACGCUCGCAGUGCUCAGAGAGACACAAAGCAUCCGAACCCUUUGCGAUCCAACCCUGCUUCUCCCACAUCGCCUGCGACCAAGCAACUAGGAAACAUUCCUAAUCUGCAACGCCCCUGGACAGCAGAAAACCUUGCAGCUGAUAGUGCCCUCACAGAGAUUAGCAACAAUGAUCGUCUCGUGCUCGCCGCGCGAGAGCUCUCAAAGCCUCGUGUUGUUGGUCAGGCUACCCCUCGCCAGCGCGAGAGCUCUAUUCAAUCUGAUAAUUUGUUCUCUCGUCGAUAUGGAGAGUUGACCACAGGAUCUUCACCGGUCACGGUUGGUAACAGCAGAAAGAUCUCGUCAGGAAACGACUGGGAUAGUGCACAGUCUGGAGUGGAGAGACGCCGCGUUAGUGGCAAGAUUGCCGAGGAGGGACUCGCUGGUCAGGCAUUCUAGGAGAUGCACGUCUUGACAAGUGCUCUAAUGAUUGGAAUGAGAACACGCAAUGUAGAACAUCUGCAACGCAACACGAGAGACGGGAUUUCAUGUAAAUGAUGCACCACUGGGUGACGGAUGGCUUAUAAGGCGUACAUAUGGUUUUUUUCCUGUACUUGUUAUUUACUUUAUUUAGUCACUAUAUUGACUUUUCAUUCGGUUUCUACCAACAGUAAUGUUUCCAAAGAGUAAUAAUCCGGUGUAGUACUGAGCCGUAUUGACUCAGUUGCUGUAGUCUUGCCAUUUUGAUAUAGGUUCUUGAUGAACAUCUGUUUUCCAAACCUUGUCGUCCCAUGCUUUUAGUCGACACAGGUGGCGCAUUGUUGGCCUCCCGUGAGGGCAGUUCCAGGGCUUGUCCAGUUCACCCAUAUGUUUCACUAGAGUUGACAUCUGAGAGGUGUUAAGUGCUUUCCCAACCAUGACACUGCUGCGACAUGCUCUCAUGGCAAACAUCUUUCGCACUUUGGAUGGUCGCGGUAUGUGUGACGAGUCUGAUGCGUUAUCACCUAGCAGGGCAAUGAGCUCCUCGAGGUCUUCGAUAGUGAAAGCCGUUUCUCUGCUCAACGGUAAAGACGUGAGUUCGCAUCGUGCACCAACAGGCCAGUCGCCAGAUAAAUCGACACUAAUCUUGAACCCAUUCGAUUCAAUAGCCUCAAUAUUUUCUACUACAACUUCUUCCUCAAGCGCUGUCAGCUGCAAUCGUUUGGGCUGGACCAAACGUUGAGAUUGUACAAUUGUCGUGUUUUGAAGUCUCUCAAAGUUAUAUUUUUCGUCAGAUGCGUGCUGGUCAAUGAUGAACAGCUCGUCGUCACCAGCUGGAUGUCCAGAGGCAUCCAAAGACGUUGAUGGACGAGUGGCAAUGAUGAAGCCCAGGUUGAAUUGUCCUGCAAUACGCAUUUUGCCAAAAUCUUCUUUGCCAAUAAUGAGCUGCAGUUUCGACUCCGCAUCUGAUGCUUCCAAGUCUUCAAUACUUCCGACAUUUUCACCGUUGGCGCUGUGUGACUGCUUUUGAUUUAUGAAAAAUUGCAGCUGGCGAACCAUGCUAGCUUCAUCGAUAUACAUCGUAUGAGAAAGGUGAUGCGUGGAGCUCUUUUGUUUGGAUCCCUGAGGCGGUGCUUUUUGGUAUGCAGCUUUGGCCGGAACUACGUCUGCUGUAUCCUCCUCUGCAUCGAGAGUCUCAUCAAUGUCUUUGGCUUCAGAUUGAUCGUGGUCUUCGGCGGCAUUUGGCUCACUAUAUUCAGCCUCGGAUUCUUCUUGCCCCUCUACAGGAGCUUCUGCCUCAGAUUCAGCCUCCGAGUCACUUAAAGAGUCUUCUCGCAUAGAAAUAUCAUCUUUCACCGCAUCGACGGUUUCAAGAGGCUGACUUCCGCGCGUUUGUCUACCAAAGAGCAUAGAAGAAUUCAUACUCACAUCACCAACAGUGACGGAAAUAGCCUGCCCCGUCCGGCGCUUAAGAGAUUGGGGCGUCGCAACCCGACUCCGGUUGGUGAUAUUCUGUAUCUUUAGUGGCUGUGAUCCCGGUAUGGUUCUCUCUCUGGCUGUUUGGCUUGGCUCGGGUUCCGCCGACUCUUCAUCGCUAUGCUGAUUAUAUGAUUUGAAGGAUAUGGCACUCUUCUCUGCUAACCUCUUAUUGAAGUCUCUAACAGGUAGUGGCUUUCCGGCGUCCAUUUCAUCAUCAGAUGCGGAGGAAGGAGGUUGGGACUCAUUGACCGGCAAAUGUCGUCGCUCCGGUGCUGCAGACCUUCGAGUCAACUUUUGUGUUUUCGACGGUGGUUCGGAACUCUCUUCGUCAUCGAUUUCAAGCUUCCUGGCUGCCCACUGACUAAUCAGGGAUUGGCUAGCAAGAUUCACCCGAGAAGAUGUCCUAGUGGAAGGGACAUCCUCCUCUUGGUCUGGUGGCUCUGGCGACGAUAUAGAUUCAACAUCUGAUUCGACAUCAUGAGAGGCUGCAGCUUUAGUUGAUGCAGAACCAACAUCUUUAUCCUGCGUCUUGGUAGAGCCGCUUUCAGUCACUUCGUUUGGCUUUUGUGAAACGGCAGGUUUGUUUGCUGUCCACAGCUUAGCUACUGGGACGGUAUACUCGUGCUUAUCGAACAGCUCCGUCAGUGCCACCCGAAGAUUGUCCAGCAUCGACCCUUGGUCAUGUAGCAAGAUGCUCCGCUUGUCCGGGCUCACAUUUACAUCGUACAUACUUGUAUCCAGUCGGAUAUCUGCAAAUAUGAACGGUGACUGGGAGUAGUUAUAUGACUUGUAUACCUCGUUAAAGGUUUUCGAAAAUUGAGGGAGUCCACAUGGUCUUCCAUUUACAAAGAACAUUUGCCUAUCGGGCGUUAAACGGCCUUCUCCGUGAACGGGACGUGACACAUGGCCGAGAACCUUGACUUCCUUAGAAUCUUCCUGGUCUGUAGAUGAUCCAUGUAGGGCCGCAUUAGACGUGGUGGGCUUCAUUGCCAAUGUCAGAUCGAGGGGGACCAAGGCUGCCAUGGUUUUGGCUCCAAAGAUAUUGAUAAUAUUGUCUUUGGUGGUAUUGUUGCCUUUUGUGGAAAAGAGGAGAAUGCGUUUCCCUUUUGUGGGCUGCUGUGAUACGGAAAACUUGAGGUUCGUUUGAAUACAGGCAUACUGGUUCAGCAAAGCGAUAACUUUGUGCCAUUCUCGCUUGAUAUUUCGUUCCAGCUCUCUUCUGCGAACAGGGAGAUUAUGAAAGAGUUUUUCGACUGAAACAGAGGUUCCUCGCUGUGCAGCAAUGAUGCUAGUGCCCUGAAGUUUCCCUGAAGUUUCAAAUGUCAGUUUCGACCCUUUUGGUACAUCUUCGGCCAGACAUGUAGUGACUGUGAAGCUAGAGAGGGCGCAGAGCGAAGCCAGGGCUUCACCACGGAAACCAAAGGUUUGAAGAGACUCGAUAUCAGAGUAGGUGGAGAGCUUUGAGGUGUGGUGUUUUAAAGCAACUGAAGCGUAAUUAUCAGGUGAUAUGCCUGAACCAUUAUCCUGGACUUCUAUAAGAUCCAGUCCUUGGUUUUUGAAGCGAACCUCUUUUGUU